AUGCGAUUACGAUUUCCCGACGGGGGCGCGCUGCCCUCCCCUGCCCGGCCUGCAGGAGCUGUGGCUGGGCGCAACAGCAUCGGCGACGAGGGCGCGCGGGCCCUGGCGGGGGCGCUGCCCUCCCUGCCCGGCCUGCAGGAGCUGCGCCUGGGCGGCAACAGAGGUCGCGAUCCGGUUCCCGGUUCGAUUCGCCUGCGGUUCGCAGCGAUCCGGUUCCAGGAGCUGCGCCUGGGCAACAACCGCAUCGGCGACGAGGGCGCGCGGGCCCUGGCGGGGGCGCUGCCCUCCCUGCCCGGCCUGCAGGAGCUGCGCCUGGGCGGCAACAGAGGUCGCGAUCCGGUUCCCGGUUCGAUUCGCCUGCGGUUCGCAGCGAUCCGGUUCCAGGAGCUGUGGCUGGGCAGCAACAGCAUCGGCGACGAGGGCGCGCGGGCCCUGGCGGGGGCGCUGCCCUCCCUGCCCAGCCUGCAGAAGCUGCGCCUGCGCGGCAACUACAUCGGCGACGAGGGCGCGCGGGCCCUGGCGGGGGCGCUGCCCUCCCUGCCCGGCCUGCAGGAGCUGCGCCUGGGCGGCAACAGAGGCCGCCAGGCUAAAGAAAAGGAGGUGGAAUGGGAGGAGGUGGACAGCGAGCUGUCCGGACCGGGGAGAUCCAGGGCCGGACCAGUGGCCCGGGAGGGUGGCCCGGGAGGGUGGCCCGAGAGGGUGUGCCAGGGAGGGUGA